AUGAACACAAAGAAUGAAAAUGAUCAAGACAUGAAAAUUAACUGGGGCAUAAUUCGGGAAAUAUCUGAUGCUGUAGAGUUGGUUGAAAGUAGAAAAGAUGGGAAUUUGAUGAAAUUUGUGUCCAAAGCUUCCAAGAUGAAGGAGGAAGUGGAUAGAAUUAUUUGCUUCUGGGCUGAAGAAACAAUAGCCGGUCAAGAGGAAGUGAAUAGAAUUCUUUUCUUCUGGGCUGGACCAACAAUAGCCGCUAGGCAGGUCUCUGAGAAGAAACCUUGUGCCGGUGAAGAUGGAAAUUUUUCUGCGGAAGCAAACAUGCUAGAGGAAUUGGCGCAACUUUCAUUUGCAUUAGAUAUGAGGUCAUCUCAUAAAGAUACAAAUGUGAUCACUAUCUCGGAUCCUCAAUACCAUAAAGAAGCGGACAACAGCAAGUCUGAGGAAGGUAACAUGAAGGAUUUGCAAGCUAUUGCUGCUUCUGAAGGCCAAAGCAAUGCUAACAAUGAAGCUGUUGAAAGAAGCAAGGGUAAAGGAUAUAAAAAAUCCAAAAAGGGGAAAAAGGUGGUCAAAAAGGGCAAAAGGGGUAAAGGAGGCCGAAAGAGAUAA